AUGAGGGGAGUGGGCCUGGGCUGCAGAGAAGGGUUGGGGUGGGGUUAUGAGGAGAGUGGGGCUGGAGAGAAGGGUUGGGGUGGGGUUAUGAGGAGAGUGGGCCUGGGCUGCAGAGAAGGGUUGGGGUGGGGUUAUGAGGAGAGUGGGCCUGGGCUGCAGAGAAGGGUUGGGGUGGGGUUAUGAGGAGAGUGGGGCUGAAGAGAAGGGUUGGGGUGGGGUUAUGAGGAGAGUGGGGCUGGAGAGAAGGGUUGGGGUGGGGUUAUGA